GGGGCUGUGUUGACGUAUUACACUUUUAAUUGUGGGUGACAGUAAAUUCAUUCUAUAAAGAAGUUUUAAUUCGUGAAAAUGUUACUAUAUUGUGAUCUGGAGACUGACUCGGAAACGAGUCGCAAAACAAUGAGCGACGAAAGUAAACAGGAGGUCAGCAUGCAACCAGAUUCGAGCAGCGAGUCGUCGUCUGAAGACGAAUCGGCUCCACCAGCUGACACUCUCAGCAAAUAUUAUUAUGAUAAAGCCAUUGCGGAGUCACUAGCGGAGAACAUGUAUAAUCUAGCCGUGGAGUCGGACCAAGAUGACGACUACGAGGAUUUGAUCCCAUCGCCCUCUUCUCGACCACCACGACAGCCGUUUAUGUUAAAUGACUAUCCAGAAGAUGAUUUCGAUGAAUCUGAUAUCGACCAUAAGAUAAGCAAAAUUGCGGGCUUGGAACACUUGGUCGUGAACAGUCCUCUUUGGUACGCGCAUGUAAAGCCACACUUGACUGUACCGGAACGAGAGAAGUUGUGGAACAGGACUCCUUGGAAAGAAAAAUUUUAUUGGGAUGACUCCGACGAUGCUGAUGCUGAUGCUGAUGAUGCUGAUGACGAAGCUGCUCCUCCGCUAUUUAAGGACCAGUUUUAUAUCGCAUUUAUUUAAAAGUUUAUGUUGUAGCUAAUUUUGUUACGUAAAAUUAUGAUUUUACUUUUUAAGAUACUAUGGUAUCUUGUAAUUAAGUUUUAACAUAUUUUAUAAACCCUUAAGUAUUAACAGCUUGCAAGUAGGGUGAUGCGAAAUUGGAGUGUUAUAUAUAUUUAGAUUUUACCUUCUAAGCAACAUAGUAUAUGUUCUAUUUCAUAUUAUAUAUCACGUUUAUGAAACGUGUCAAUGGUAUUUAUCAGAAUAAGUCUAAUGUUUCAAGUAUGGAAUAUAUAUAUAUAUAUAUAAAAUUAAAAAUACUGGAAUAUUAAACCAGAUAAACACAGUAUUGAUGGUAAUAAAAUAUGAGUAGAGUUUUUGGUAAGGGAGAGAUGUCUCUGUGAAUAUAUAAUAGAAGAAAUCUGAUAUUCACAUAAAAAUCAUCGGUGGCACUUCAAUAAUGAACAGUUAAGCCUUGAUUUUAUUUAUUAUAUUAUUUUAUAUUAGAAAUUAAAGGAGCGAGAAUAUUGACGUAUUUAAAAAAAAAGUUCUCGAUAACAGGUUAUUGUAAAAUCAAUAUCAUCAAUCCUCGUAGUUAAAUAGUGACAAUGCCAGAUGAUUUCACAAUGAAAUAUGAGGUUUCUUCUAGAGAUAUCUCAUUAUAUGAGUUUUUAGCUUAUAAUUUUGAUUUGCAGGCAAAUCAUUAUGUUCGCAUUGGUAUAUCGUAGUGUAUUGAUGGUUAUAUUAUAUUCAUUCUUAUAGUGGUAAGAAAAAUAUAUUAUGCUCCCAUGAAUAUACGCAAUCGAAUUUGGAAGGUGAAAAAUAUAUCGAUCAACUUAAGUAAAUUAAUAUAAUUAAUCGUUAAAAUAUGAGGAUGAUCCGAAAUGAUAUUAUCAAAGUAGUCUGUAAAUAAGAAAUAUAUAUAAUCGUAAGAAAUCAAAUAUAAUUAUAUAA